CUACUAUAGCUGAUAAAUACGCAGAUUGAUAAAAUCUUUAAAAAUGUAUUUGAAGGUUUUACCUAAAAAGAAGAAGAAGAAGAAGAAGAAGAAAGUUUUAGGCACUGCUAACACUCCUGAGAAGACUAUGGAUAGCCAGGGUCCCACACCAGUUUGUACACCAACAUUUUUGGAGAAACGACAGUCUGAAGUGGCUGAAAUAAACGACGAUGAUAAAGAUAAUGAAGUAGUUUUCAAACAGCCUGUAUCCAGUGUAAAAGAAGAAAUACAAGAGACUCAAACACGUGAACGUUCAGGGAAAAAAAGACGACGAAAAAGCAAUCAGUGACUGAGUGUAUUAU